CACUAAUGGGUGCAGUAUGAUCCAAUGGCCCACCUCGCGCGCCAAGUCUUGUGGAAGAGACAAGCUCGGGGAACAAUAGUCAUUGUUGGAAUGUAGAAAUGUUAAGUAUAGUUUCUUGGAUAGUCCUUGUGGCGUUUGUCGCUGCUGACAAGCUAGAAACCUGCGACCUCCAUCCCAAAAUAGAGGAGCGCAUUGUCAAGGACACAGCAGCCUGGGGGGACGCGGGCAUCACCGAGGACCUCGUCAAGUCAGUUAGCAAGCAUUGCGAUACAGAGGCUCGAAUCCGCCAGCAUUAUUGUAACUGCCAGCCGCAGCGCAUUCUAAUCGAGAACGGCACGGUGUAUUUGAACAACCUCAUUCCCCGGCACCGCCUGGGCCCCCACGAGCACAUCGGGCUGCUGGUGGAGCUGUACGAAGUCAGCCAGGUGUACAAGCUCCCAAACGUGGAGUUCACCUACUGGCUAGAUGACCACCCGCCAGGGGAAACGAACUACGUGUUUUCAGGCUCCGGCCCGCACGGCGCCCCUCGCGCCACUGCCUGGCCCUACGAGCCGCGCGGCGGGCUGCCGCCCAUGGUGGCCUGGAGCAAGAGCGCCGACAACGGCGUGUUGAUGGUGCCGUACAGCGGCGCGUUCAGGUGUGCCAAGGACAGCUUUGACGCACUGGAGGCCAGCCUGCACCAGACAGCCGGGGUGGCCUGGGCCGACAAGCUGCCGCUGGGCUUCGGCCGCUGGAACGGCUUCUGCACCUACUACUACGGCAUGGGGCUGGUGCGGUCGGAGGACGGCCAGGCCGUGCCCUGCCCCAGGACCUACCUCAACAAUGUGUCUGCGGCCCACCCCGACCUGUUGUCGGCCUUUGACCUGGGCGUGGCCAAGCCGGUGCCGCUGGCGCACCAGAACCGUUACAAGUACAUUAUCUCCACGGAUGGCUGGUCCAUCAGCUCCAAGUUCGACAAGUACCUAUUGCUGGGGAGCACUGUGUUCAAGGCCGCCUCCAUUCGGGACGGCUUCUAUUACGAUGCCCUGGAACCCAACGUGCAUUUCGUUCCCUUCAUGGUCAAACACAAAGACGACAUUGUCGAGGCCCUUCAGUGGGCGCGGCAGCACGACGAGGAGGCCCGGCGCAUGGCGGAGGCGGCGCGGGAGUUCGCCCGCAAGCACCUCAGCCGCCCGGCACGGCUGUGCUACCUGUUCCGGCUGCUCACACACCUCAGCAAGCAGUACAGGUACCCGGUGAGCUGCUCCCGCCGCAAGCUGUGUGUGCCUCUGGCUCAGGAGCUCCGAUACUAUGCGCAGGACGAGAAGACCAAAGACACCUGCCCGUACGACGAGCUGUUUGACAAGUACGGCGCUACCGACCCGCUGGCGGCGCCGGACGCGGACAGGCUGCGCGAGGUCAGCGUCAUGCACUUGGACCCGCUGCACUGGCCGCGUGAUGACCUGUGAGGGCUGGUGAGGCCGUGGGAGUGAGAGCUGAUAAGAGGGAUGGGGGUGUUGUGCCUGUGUGUCGCGCCAUGGCGCGUGCUGACAGGCGUGACGCCUGGGACCGUGUGGGAGUGAUGAGGCAAAGCGACUGAUGAAUGAGGCUGUUGCGUCGUCAAAGUCGUGCUAGAUCAAGGCCUGUCCAGGUCAGGUCACGGGAAUGUGAUGCUGAUUGCGGAAGAAGUGCCUUGGUUUGGCCCCCGUGAAAACACCGGGUGGUGCAGGGCGUCUGUGUGGACGCAAUGUGUGAGGCAGGCAGUCUGCCUCAAACAGCCUGCAUCAGCUGCCCCGGUUUUAAGGCCGUGAGCUCGAGUGCGUGAAUCACUAGCAGGGCGCAGCUGGACUAUAUGCUCAGUUGGACAUGAGGUGACAAAGGUUUGAACAACCAUUCUUGUGCAUGGUCUCGUUGACCGGCGGGGCAGGGCGGCAAUCCAGACCACUUCCUUGAAUGGGCCCGAGUUGUUGCGAGGUAGUUCCAAAACCUUGGCCUCAGCAUGCACCAACGCAGUGUGGGCGCAGCCCACUGUUCCCUUGAGAGGGAGCGCCACCUUUCUUGUCGCAGUUGGCUCUGGGGUGUACCAUCCUUGCGGGAGGCCAGGCAUUUGGCGGGGUCUAGAUGUGCCGGUGAACAAGUACGGUACAUGAAGGAUUGCAGGACCAUGUCCCGCCCGCCCCUCCCCCCAGUAACCCAGUUGAUAGGUAUGGUUUUAAGAUGGCAUGGGUGGGAAAGGGACACACAAGGCUAGGGGAGGUGGAGUGAGUGUUGGCGAUAGGCCAUUAGCCAAGCUUGGCGUCGACCUGUCAAAGUUUAAGGCCUUCUUGUUUGUGGUCUUGUUGACCGCCCAACGAUUGUUCAGUAUAAGGGUGACAGGGUGCGGCCGUGUUAGGGGCUGCGGGCUGGUGAGCAGAGGACAGGAGGCUUCGGUGGUCGACAGGUGGGGUCACGGGUCACCUGGUGGUCGAAGGUGGUCGAGUUCCAGGAUGACUGCGACGCUGGCUUUGACUGCUCACGGGUGCGCGCACAGCAGCUCAGGAACAGCAUGAGCCUGCUCCACUGCCGAGUACCCUCCUUCGA